AUGUCUGCCCCUCCCGCUGGUACUCUCCGUCUCGGCUCUACUGCCCCUAACUUCCAAGCCGAUACUUCUAACGGCCCAAUUGACUUCCACGAGUACUUGGGUAACUCUUGGGGUAUCCUUUUCUCUCACCCUGAUGAUUUCACUCCUGUCUGUACCACUGAGUUGGGUGCUUUCGCCAAGCUCGAGCCUGAGUUUGCCAAGCGUGAUGUCAAGUUGAUUGGUCUCUCCGCCAACUCUACUGAUUCUCACAAGGAAUGGAUCAAGGAUAUUGAUGAGGUUUCUGGCUCUAAGCUCAGUUUCCCUAUCAUUGCCGACCCUACCAGAAAGAUCUCUCACCUUUACGAUAUGGUUGACUACCAAGACACCACCAACGUCGACUCCAAGGGCGUUGCUUUCACCAUCAGAUCCGUCUUCAUCAUUGACCCCAAGAAGACCAUCCGUUUGAUUCUUUCUUACCCCGCCUCCACUGGUCGUAACACCGCCGAGGUUCUCCGUGUCAUCGACUCUCUCCAAACUGGUGACAAGCACAGAAUCACUACCCCAAUCAACUGGACCCCUGGUGAUGAUGUCAUUGUCCACCCCUCUGUCUCCAACGACGAGGCCAAGACCUUGUUCCCCAAGUUCAAGAUCAUCAAGCCUUACCUCCGUUUGACUCCUCUUGAGGUCAACAACAACUAA